AUGGGUGAGAAGGAGGGAGCCCCCUACCCCCUUGUGGCCCCGGGGGACCCCUCCAUCCCCCGCCACACCCGGGCAGCCCCCUCCCGCCAGGCCUUGCUGGACCCAGCGCCUUCUCCCUGUCACCCGCUGUCGCCUCGGGCGGGGAUCGGUGCCCCGGAGCGCAAAGCCUGACGCGAUCCCCCUCUCCCACCCCCACCCCCACCUCCCACCGCCCAGGCCCUGGCGGCGAUGAGACAGAGCGGCGCCUCCCAACCCCUGCUGAUCAACAUGUACCUGCCAGAUCCCGUCGGAGACGGUCUCUUCAAGGAAGGAAAGAGCCCGGGGUGGGGGCCGCUGAGCCCCGCGGUACAAAAAGGCAGCGGCCAGAUCCAGCUGUGGCAGUUUCUGCUGGAGCUGCUGGCUGACCGCGCGAACGCCGGCUGCAUCGCGUGGGAGGGUGGCCACGGCGAGUUCAAGCUCACGGACCCAGACGAGGUGGCGCGGCGCUGGGGCGAGCGCAAGAGCAAGCCCAACAUGAACUACGACAAGCUGAGCCGCGCGCUGCGCUACUACUAUGACAAGAACAUCAUGAGCAAGGUGCACGGCAAGCGCUACGCCUACCGCUUCGACUUCCAGGGCCUGGCGCAGGCCUGCCAGCCGCCCCCCGCGCACGCUCACGCCGCCGCCGCCGCGGCCGCCGCCGCGGCCGCCGCCGCCCAGGAAGGCGCACUCUACAAGCUGCAGCCCAGCCUGGCCCCACUGCCCUUCCCCGGCCUCUCCAAACUCAACCUCAUGGCCGCCUCGGCCGGCGUCGCGCCCGCCGGCUUCUCCUACUGGCCGGGUCCGGGCCCCGCCGCCGCCGCCGCCGCCACCGCCGCGCUCUACCCCAGCCCCGGGUUGCAGCCCCCGUCCGGGCCCUUCGGCGCGGUGGCCGCCGCCUCGCACCUGGGGGGCCAUUACCACUAG